CUCUCUUUAAUUUCUCUCUCUCUUUUUCUUCUUUUUCCAAUUAGGGUUUUGCUUCACCUUCUUCUUCUUCUUCUUCUUCUUCAGAUCAGCCCUAAACCAAUUCUCAUAAAUUUUUUAGUUUAUCAAAAGGAAAGGAACAAAGGGGGCUUAAAGCUAAGCUUUCUCACUUGAAAGGGCAAAGGAUGGCAUCAUCAAGUUCUUACAAUUCUCCAUGUGCUGCUUGCAAGUUCUUGAGAAGAAAAUGCAUGCCAGGUUGCAUUUUUGCUCCUUAUUUCCCACCAGAAGAGCCUCAAAAAUUUGCCAAUGUGCACAAAAUCUUUGGGGCCAGCAAUGUAACAAAGCUACUAAAUGAGCUUCUACCUCACCAAAGAGAGGAUGCAGUUAACUCUCUUGCCUAUGAGGCUGAGGCCCGAGUCCGGGACCCGGUCUACGGUUGCGUUGGAGCCAUCUCCUUCCUUCAAAGGCAAGUCCAGAGGCUCCAAAAGGAACUCGACGCUGCGAAUGCCGACCUAAUUCGGUUCGCAUGCAACGAGAUACCUAAUGCAGGAGUCAAUCAAGUGGUUCAGCCCAACCUCGGCGCUCGCCCGAGAGCGUUAGAUCAGUAUCACACAAGUUCUUCAUCAACAAGUGGAUAUUAUAAUCAACAUCUUCCUGCUUUUCCCAUGGCGUAUUCAUUGCCUUGGAAUGAAAACUCUUCUGGAAAUAACAUCAAUGAAGGAGGAGGAGAUGCCAAUAUUUGAAGAAAACUUUCCCAAAAACAAAUAAAAAAUCCUCAAAAUAGGGUUUUUUCCCCCCUCCAACCCUAGAGAGAAAAUUUUCUCUCUUCUCUGGUAUGUCACUUCCUCAUAUAUUUAUAUAUAUAUGAUGGUUUUUUCUAGCUAGAUGAAUUAGUUAAUUUUUCUAGUAUUAUUUAGAGGGUGAUCUAUGGGAUUUAGGUUAUCUUAAACCCCAUUUAGCAUUUUAAUUUCCAUUUAAAAUCCAAAACAAUUUCCAUGAGAGUUAUGUAUUUUUUUUCCUUUUUUUUUUAAAAAAAAAAAUUUAUGAUCAUGUGUGGAAGAUUAAUUUAGGGCCUAAAAUAAGGUUGCUAUGCAUAGACUAUUGUCUAUUGUGUGAGGUUCAAUUUCUAGAGAGCUGCUUUUAGCUUCUUCUUUUUCUUUUUUUUUCCCUUUUUUUGUUUGUAUCAAGAAUUUUAGUGCUGCCAUUGUUUAUG